AUGAUGUACUACGCUAUACUACACCCACUACGCCAAUCGGGUUUUGUAGAGACCAGGGGCGUUUAUAUAUUGGCCACCAUAUGGCUGUUUGGCAUUCUCGUGUCAUUACCUAACUUUAUCAUGACUCAUACGUUCACCUUUCGCUAUAAAUCGCAAGUUUAUUUAGAUUGUAGGGAAGAGUGGGGCGAAGGCACCGGGGGCGAAAUUUACUCGACAACACUAUUCCUGUUCACAUUCGCGCUGCCAUUAUUUGCACUGAUAUUCAUAUACGGCUCAAUUGGAUAUACAAUACUGACCCGCAAACCGGUGGGCGAAUCACAACAGUUGGCCAACACUAGGAACAUAGCGUCCAUUAAGGCGAUCAAGAUGAUGUCGAUGGUGGUGAUACUAUUUGCCAUAUGCUGGACACCAAUUCAGAUGUUUAAUUUUGUGAUCUGGAUAUUUGGCAACUCGCUAAAGACCCGGACACAAUUUCAAAUGAACGUUUAUGUGUCUAGUUUUUUUCUUUGCCACUGGCUCGCGAUGGCCCACUCAUUAGUCAAUCCAUUCAUCUAUUGCUUCAUGAGUGAUAACUUCAGG